AUGGGCGUCAACGCUCGCAGGGGCCUACUCAUCCUGGGCAUCCCAGAGGACUGUGAUGAUGGCGAAUUCCAAGAGUCCCUCGAGGCUGCCCUGUGGCCAAUGGGACACUUUACGGUGCUGGGCAAAGUGUUUCGAGAGGAGGAUAAAGCCAUCACGGCCCUGGUCGGGCUCAAAGGGGACGUCAACUAUGUUUUGGUUCCCAGGGAAGUCCCUGGCACUGGGGGCCCGUGGAACGCGGUCUGUGUGCCCUGUUGCUCAGGCGAGGAGCUUCUCGGGCAUGUCUUCCACUUCCUGCAGCAACAGGGGCAGAUGGUGGAGAGUGUGGCCGGUUCCUGGGCCCUGGGUGUGGGGCUGCGCAGGGUGUGCUGGCUAUCCGUCAGUGAGGCGGUCCAGCCCUGAGUGGAGACCCUGAGGUCCCAGAGCCUGGGCGCGUUUUCUGGAAGGGACCAGCCAGCCCCGGGGAAGGAGUCCUUUGAGGUCUGGUUAGACCACACCACCGACAUGCUGCACGUGUGGCAGGGGGUCUUGGAAAGGGAGAGGAGGAGGAAGCUGCUGGAAGGACACCUGCAGCUUGUGAACGCACUCCUGGCGGAGAACCCAAGGUCGGAGACUCAGGACUGUCUGAUGCCCCUGGUCCAGGUGUUUGGAGACAAUGAGCCCCACCCCAUGCCCCCGACCAGCUGGGCGAAGUGUCUGACCGCUCAGCAGCAGUCAGGCCAGCCUGUCCUGGCUGUCGCCUUGUGGCUGGAAGUCCUCCUGCAGAAGGCCAUGGAGAAGGGGGCCCUGGCCAGAGCAUCGGCCGACCAUGUGCGCCUGAGGCAGAUGCUCACCAGAGCCAACCUUAUUGAGCCUCUGGAUGAAGCACUGAGGAAGCUGAAAAUGACCGGGAGGUCUCCAAGUUUCCUGAUGCUGGGGCUCAUUCGGGAGUCUGAGGCAUGGGAGGCCAGUCUAGCCAGGAGCGUGAGAGCCCAGGCACAGGAAGGGGCGGGUGCCCAGGCUGGUGCCAGAGCCAGCACUAAAAUGGGCGAUGCUGUCCGGGCGGUCCCAAGAGGUCCUGGCUGGGGGCCAGAGGGCCUCGUCCAGACAGGAUGCCAGGAGGCCGAGGAGGCGCUCAAGCCCGUCCUGGAGGAGUCAGAUAACUAG